AUGCCUUCGCUACCUCGAAAGCUAGGGUUUUCUUUCUCAGCGCCCCCACCCCCGAAAGCUCCCCGAGAGGUAGGAACAAUGGAGAAGGGAAACAAGGCCAGGAAAGAGGAGGUCGUCACCAGGGAGUACACCAUCAAUCUUCAUAAACGCCUCCAUGGAUGCACCUUCAAGAAGAAGGCUCCAAAGGCCAUCAAAGAAAUCAGGAAGUUUGCCCAGAAGGCCAUGGGGACCACUGAUGUCAGGGUGGACGUCAAACUGAACAAACACAUUUGGAGCAAUGGGAUUAGAAGUGUGCCGAGAAGAAUCCGUGUCCGCAUUGCGCGCAAGAGGAAUGAUGAUGAGGAUGCAAAGGAGGAACUUUACUCUUUGGUCACUGUUGCUGAGAUUCCGGAUGGAGGGAUCAAGGGACUUGGCACCCAAGUCAUAGAUGAAGAAGAUUGAUCUGUUCCUUUUUCUGUUUUGAGCACUUGCUGAACUCAGUUUUGCUGUAAUUCAUGAUUUAUCUUUUGUUUAGAGAGCUAUUGUUAUGUGGCUGAGAUUGCAGUUCUACAUGUUUUGAGACUGUUUUUACAUACUGGUGUCAACUUGAGGUCUUAUUGUUUAAUCUGAAAAGUAUGAUAUAUCUUCCUUCCACAGCUGUAUAAGCCCCUUUCUAUGAUUUUGUGCAGUAUAAUUUGCUUGAUCUCUCUAGCUCAUUGAGUCAACACUGCUGCAGUCAUGUUGACCAAUUGAAACCGUAAAACAUGGUGACAAUUAGUUUUGGGAUUCAGGCCAUGGAUAGAUGAAACAUUUUAUGAAACCACUGCCGACUUUUUCUCAGUGUGAAGUAAAAACUGGCCUUAGAGAAUGGGGUGACUUGUGGUGUUAUGUCCUGGAAUGUUCUGGGUGCAGUCAAAUUUUGGUGCCUGCUAUUUGAAUAAAAGCUGAUGGUGA